AUGCAUGUAACGGGUUCGUUCAGGGAUAGUAUAAAUAAUGACUUUCUGUUGAGCCAACAGUUAAGAUUAUUCAAUGACCCUAUGAAUCUUGAGAGUCCCUGCACAUUUAAUAUCAAGAUGGCAGACAAGAAUGAUGAUGUUUUAAAGAAGGAAACUGUGGCGCUGAUGGAAGCGCUGCUCAACGGCGGUAUCAAGGUGAAAUCAGCGGCCGAGGUUGGUAAGCGUGCCGUUGAGUAUACCCGUGGUGACGAGAUUGCUAAAUGGAUCCUUAACAAUAAAGAUUCCGUUUGCAAGCUGUGUCCGAGGCUGUUGGCAGAUUUAGAUAUAAACUACGAUGAAGAUGAAGACAUCAUGCGUGUCUGCAACGUUUUAAUUGAAGCUGGGUUCAUGUACCGUGCUCAGUACCAACCGUUUGAAGGUACCAUCGAGAAGACGUCAACAGGGUCAUUCCGCCGUCCAACGUGGCCUAAGCGCCUCAUCAAGACACAAAAACAACGUUUUGACCCUGUUGGAUUCUAUAUAAUAUCCUACGAGGGCAAUCAGCGUUGGAACUACUUUAUGCUAACUGCUAUGAUCUUGGGCAUUUUCUCAAUUUGUAUGUUCCAGGCAUGGCCUCUUGCUUUGAAGUUGGCUGUUUGGUACAUUUCGGUGGUAUUAUUGGCAGUAUUGGUAGGUGAUUAUAGCAUAAUCGUGAACGUACUGCAGUUUGCACUCAUUCUUUUGCGUUUGGUGCUCUUCGUUUGCUUCUGGUUCUGCGGCUACGACUUCUGGCUGUUCCCUAACCUCUUUGACGAGGACCUUGGUGUUGUCGAUUCGUUCAAGCCAUUGCACAGCCUCGAGUACCGUAAUGACACAACAUAUAUGUUGUGUUGUCGCGUUUUGUGCUCUAUCUUGUUGGCAGCCUCUGUGAACGAACUAAGAAAGACACAUGACCUUCGGGACGUUGGUGAUUUCGCUAGACAGUCGUUUAUGGAUAUAAUCGAAUGGGGACAUAACAAGUUGACUGCCGUUCCCGAGGAACCUUCGUUGUACAAAUCGAUUGGCAUGGACAUUUCUACGGAAUUCGACUCCGAAGAACGUAGCGAGGAAGCUGGAGAGGAUGGUUUGGAUGACGAUGGUAAUGCUUUCUUUAGUGACCCUCACUUCCUUUCAGAUUACAAAUGCCUAUUGGCAUGUGGCUACCGUUCACUGCACCAGUUAAUGAAGGAGUGUAUGCUUAGCUGCGAUUGUAUGAAAGAGUUACUGGACAACCCCUGUUUAUCUGGCUGCCCCGAGGAGACCAUACGUGUUUUAACGGAGUCCAAGGCGGACAUAUGCCGUAAAACUCGUAAAACAACUUUGUCGCUGACUAACAUAUCUGGUGACAUCACGGUUUCUAGUAUCUGCAUUUUGAUUGACAAUCAAUUCAAGUGCUUGAACACGGAUUACAAUGACGAACGUGAUCCUGGAGAGAAGUUUGUCUUAUUCUGCGGGCACAAGCAGCUGAAAAACACAAGCCAAUUGAGCGAAUACAACGUUGUCGGUCUACCAGAGUUGACUUUUUAUCUGUACGAACGUCGCUCCCUGAAUGUUACUGUACACUUGAUAACAUCUGUCAAAUGCUGCGGGGUCUAUUUCAGCCCUGUGUUUGGAAAGCUAUUCGCUAGGAGGGUCUCGUUCACUGUACUUGAUCAAGAGACUGUUCUUAGGGUAAAGGAGCUGCUGUUAGAUCUUCUGGAAGGUUACACUAACCGUCAAGGUAAACAUCUAACUCUUGAAGAAAUGCAUUUGGUUCACCAGCGCUUGCUGUUAGAAGAUGACCUCCAGCAGGUUAAGGAAGUAAACGAUGGCAAUGAUCUCAAGUUAACCCUUUUGAUGCCCUUGGAUUACUCAGUACGCCCUCCAUCAACACUCUCCCCCGAAGCCGUCCCUACGCCCGCGAAGGCAGAACCCGAGGCUGUUCCUGAGAUGCCACGAACCAUGAUGACGUGUACUUUAACCACGGAGCCCGUUGAAGGUCAGGAUGAUAUUAAGGAGACUGAAGAAGUAGUAAAUGAAGUAUCUUCGGAAGAACCCAAGAGCGAGAACGCCGCUACUGCAGCGUGA